UUGGCAGUUAUUCCAUCCAAAUAUUUACAUUUUAAAUUGAGAUUUGAAUAAUUUAGAUAUAUUAUAUUUUCAAAAUGUAACUGAAACUCUUUGUAUUAGUAGAUGCUCUUACAUUUGGAGGAAAAUACAUGAUAAUGAUUUUGCCUGAUAGUGAUUUGAGUAAAGUUGCCGGCCCGAGUUUAUCCCAAGGCACAGUGGGGCUGCUAAGAAUGCUGUAUUGUUGUGUUUACAGUACAUUUAAGGUAAAGCUCAGUUUUACACAUUGUGAUCAUUUGUGAUUAAUUUGCAUGUGUUUUGUUCUGAAAAAUACAGACAGACGUUUCAGCAGCUGACUGAGCUUUGCAAAAGUUGAAUUGGUUUAAUAAUAAUAUACCGCUACAGAUAAAUAGUGCUAUUAAGUACAAAAUUGAAAGCCUUUAUGCACCAGCCUUUGUUAAUACAAAUGAAAUAACCAAUAGAUGUUUACCAUCAUGUACUGUAGGGGUUGACUGCUCAUGUCAGACAGGUAGUGAGGGAGAGAAAAAAGAUCAGGCUGACGGUGAAAAGGCAAUAACGGCAGAACGCUGCACGGAAAUGAGGUUUUUGUUAACACCUGAGCAAAGUAUUUAGGAAAUGUUCUGAUCUAUUUUAACACACGAGGUGAACUUCAGUGUCUAGAUUCAAAUACAAUCUGAGAAUAAAAUCUCCGAUUUACAGCCAUGAGGCGGUAGAACUGGAUAACAGCAUUUUUUUAAAGGUAAAAUCAUGUUAAUUUUCUGAAGUAUGUGAUUUUCUGUAAAAACUAAAAAGGCCAAAAUAAAACACAAAAUUAGGGGUUAUUUUAGAUGCUUUUGAGUUCUCAAAUAUGUGGUCAGAAUAGUGUGCAUGCAUCAUAGAAGUGCUGUAUUAUUACAAUGAAUUUAUGAAUUUUGAUUGACUGUAAAUAGAUUUAUUAAAUUGAUUAUAUUAUGCAGUUUUAGGGUAUUUCCUUAAUACAUAUGCCUGUAUCGUAAACGCUCUCUCUCUUUCUGUCUCUAAGCUCUUAGUGAAAUAUGAGCUCAUCAGUGGGUCCCGGAGGCAACAUGACACUUCCCUAUCAGUUCAUGCUCGUCAGAGAUACCUUCACCACGGCAUUUGUGAAGAACCUGAUUGUGGUUCUGGUCUGGCUCAUCCUCAGUUACAUCAAUGGCACCUUGGUUGCAACCUUUUUUAGACACCAGAUUUUUUACGAAGACCCUCGUUACAUCCUCUUCAUCCACAUGGUGAUCAACGAUGCCAUCCAGCUGACCGUCACAAUCACACUUUUUGUCCUCAGCUACAUCUUCUACAAGAUUAACGUGUCCUUCUGCUGCUUCUUUAUCCUGGUGGCAGUCUUCACCACCAGAAACACCCCCGUCAACUUAGCUAGCAUGGCCAUAGAGCGCUACAUUGCCAUUUGCGAGCCUUUACGCCACCCCCAGAUCUGCACAGUGCGAAGGACUUACGUUGUCAUCGGGUUGAUUUGGUUUAUAUGCGUGGCUCCGGAUAUUACAGAUCUAUUUGUGACGCUAGCAACUGAGUCCCUGAGCUUCUUUCAUGAGUCUGUGUUCUGCUUGCGCCAGAACGUGUUCAAAGACCCGAUCCUGGCAUACAAAAGACAAGCCUUUGAUAUCAUCUACUUCUCCUGUGUGUUUCUGAUUCUGGUCUUCACCUACUUGAGGAUCCUGUGUGCAGCCAGGGCCCUCUCCACAGAGAAGAUGUCAGCCCAGAGAGCCAAGAACACCAUCCUGCUCCACGGGGUCCAGCUGGCCAUGUGCAUGCUCUCCUACAUCUCCCCCAGUGUGGAGGUUGUUCUGCAUCUAAUCUUCCCCGGCCAAAUCCUAGAAAUCAGAUUUGCAAACUACCUGAUCGUCUACAUCCUGCCCCGGUUCCUGAGCCCAAUAAUCUACGGUGUCAGAGACAAAAAGUUCAGGAAGUACCUCAAGAUUUACUUUCUGAGCCACAGGUGCAAGGUCAAACUGCAGACAGUGGCCCCCCUGGACGAAAAUAACAUGUAACAGAGAGGGUUUGAAUAAAGGUGUUUACUCUUG